CCAAUCACAUAUUCAUCAUGUGAGCAAAUAAUUAGCAACAAAAAAAAAGAGACCCGAAACAUAAAAAAGGGAUAUCGGGGCAAACGAAAUCGAAAUGUUUUUCAUCAUGAUGAUGAUGAUGAUGGAAUCUUCUACAAGUAGGACUAGAAAAACACAUACAAUUCCCCCCAUUAUCAUCAACAUUCGAUAUUGGCCCAUUGGUUUGUCGGUAUUUUUAUCCAAAACAUUUAUUUUUUUUUCGUUCAUUCGUUUGUUCGCUGUCCAAAAGUUAUUCGUCGUCGUUAUCGUUAUCGUUGUCGAUGUUGUUGUUGUUGUUUUCAUUAUCGUCAUUUUGAUUCGUAUCGGAUUGGUAAUCAUAAUAUUUUGUUUCGUUUGCCAUCAUCAUAAUCAUUUGUUGCAUGUUUGUAUCAACAUCAUCAUCAUCAUUUAGGAUCGGCAUUUUCUUGGUUGUCGAAUUCGUUGAUUGUCGAAUGUUGCAUCGAAUCGAAUGUUGUUGCUUUUUUUUUGUUUUUCAUAUGCAAAGCGUGCCUUCGAAUGUGUUUGAAUUCACUGGUUGUUCGAUCGAAAUGUUUCGUCAAAAUUAUACAUCAUCAUAAUCAUCAUCAAACCGAAUUGAUGCCUUGUUUAGGUGCAUAAAGAUUUUAAUUUUUUUUUUAUUUUUCAAUAACAAAAUUUUUUCCUACCUGAUUUCUAUUCUUCGGUGGUUGGCGUUUUUGUGUCGUCACAUCAUCAAUCAUCAAAAAUCUGGAUCAAAUCAGCAGAAAAUAGCCGGAAAUAAAUAAUAAACAAUGAUGAAUGAAUUAGAACCAAAAUUUGCAAAUCUUCUUGGUUUGAAUACAUCUGAGUUAUCCGUACAAAUAUCGAAUCGAACAUCAGUCAUCUAUCAACCAUCGAUAGUAUCGGCUGCAGUAGCAGCUGCCGAUAUCGUUCCUAAUAUCGUUUCAUCAGCUACGUCAUUGAUUACAUCGGCUAAUCAUAAUGAUCAAAUAUUAGCAACGACAACGACAACAUCGUCUUUGACGACGACGGCCACAACGGAUUCAAAAACGCAAUUAAAAUUAUUAUCACGAUCAACAGUAACGGAUAUUCAACAACAACAACAGCAGCAGCAGCAGCAACAACAAAGAAUUUCAACGGAAACGGUACAGAAUCUGAUUAAUCAUCAUCAUCAUCAAGCAGCAGCAGCAGCAACAACAACAACAACAACAACAACAUCAUGAACAACAACAA